UACUUCGGUUGAUUUCCUGGGACAAGUGCCGAUGGACAGGAACAGCUGUUUGACAAAUGACAGCUCAUGCUCUGAAUUCGUUUUAAUUGCUAUUUUUCUGUCGUUAGAUAAACUAUUUUAAAGCUGAAUUUAUUUCUGCAAGUGCCGAUAGCACAACAUAUAUACUGUUGAUGCUCUAUUCAUUUUAACAGGAUAUGAAAAAGGGAAGGAAACACCAGCAAGGUACAGGAGCCCGGGUGAAUGGGAAUGGAAAUGCACAGCAACAUGGAGAGCAUGAGUCAUGGAAAAAGCUGAAGCUGGUGGAGAUCCACCAGGCCCUGAACUGUGACCCUGUGGACAUUGAGACCCUGCGGAGGGCGGCCGUCAGCGAGGGAGGCCUUCUUACAGAUGAGAUCAGGAGGAAAGUCUGGCCCAAGCUGCUCAGCGUCAAUGUGUAUAACUUGCCUGCUAAACCAACCAAGGAUAUCCGAGAGAACCACAAGGACUUCAACCAGGUGCUCCUUGAUGUCAGGAGGUCCAUGAAACGUUUCCCAAGAGGCAUGCGUGUGGACGAGAGGCAGGUACUACAGGAACAGCUGAUCGACAUCAUCCUGGUUGUCCUACAGAAGAACCCUGCGUUACACUACUACCAGGGUUACCAUGACAUCGUGGUCACCUUCCUACUGGUGGUUGGAGAGCGCAUGGCCAUUGCUAUGGUGGAGACCCUUUCCAAUCACCACCUCAGGGAUUUCAUGGAUCCUACCAUGGACAGCACCAAGCACAUACUGAACUACCUAAUGCCAAUACUGGAGCAAGUUGAUCCACAGCUACAUGAAUUCAUGCUGAGGGCCGAGGUGGGCACCAUCUUUGCUCUGAGCUGGCUCAUCACAUGGUACGGCCAUGUCCUGUCUGAGUUCCGUCACGUUCUCAGGCUCUAUGACUUCUUCCUGGCUUCACACCCCCUGAUGGCCAUCUACUUCGCUGCCGUGAUCGUCCUGCACAGGGAGAAGGAGGUGAAGCAAACCGAGUGUGACAUGGCCAUGGUGCACCAACUCCUGUCUAAGAUCCCCCAGGACCUGCCCUACGAGGAGCUCAUCACCCAGGCCCACUGCCUCUUUACCCGCUACCCGCCCUCCCUGCUGGCCAAGCGUGCUGCUCUGCAGUCCCGCAAUAGCAUCACCAUCAACUGUUUCAAGGCUUUCCAGGCGGCCACUCAGCAGCAGCGGCCAGACUCGGUCCUACGUCGGCAGCUCCUCCAGGGCCGGGCCCGAGGCCUCGGAGGCCCAGACUCCCAGCUGGUCCUGUCCAGGGACACGCAGCCCAACCAGGCUGCCAACCAGCUCGUCAAGAUGGCCGUUUGGGGCAUCUCAGCCACCUUGGGGGCGGCCGCUCUAGCUGUGGCCCAGACCGCCCUGGACUGGGCUCCUGACUUCUUCAUGCAGCUCUUCUGAUGGAUGUACUGUAGCCUGCUGUUAAGGAGCAGGGGGGAGAACGGGGAAGCUCAAAACUCCUCCGCUUAAUGAGUAGGGGGAAUGUUAAGCUAGGGAAAGGAGGGAGGGAGGAGCUAGUGCCGAACAGGUUGUGUCACUCACACAUAUGUAGACCACCAGCUGAGGAGAGGGGGCGAGGGGGGCGGAGGGGGGGUUGGCACCUCAAAAAACCUUGUGUGCCAAAAUGAGUUCCAUUUCAAACAAAGGGGAGAAAAAAAGCAUUUAUUUAUUCAGUAGUGUUUUUAUUUAUGUAUUUUACUUGUGCUAAUAUUGGGGAAUGGUAGGUAGCCAGUAGAUGAGUUUUUGUAAUGAUAAGCAUUUUUGAGUGCCAGCCUGUGUGCCGUCAGCAAGUAUGUCUGGAGAGAAAAACGCACCGGUAGCUAAUUCACAGCAGCAGGCACACAAAUUAUUAAAAAUAUACUUUUUUUCCCCUGCUGAAUGCCUUGGGUUGUGAGCGACGGGAGCAGUUCAUUAGGGGGUUAUUUAGAGAGGUCGACUCUACAGAGAGAGACAGAGAACUACAUUUCAGCUUUAAAAUGCCACUUUAAAGUAACUGGGUUCACUUAGUCCAUGGUGAAUGAGGAUGUAUGCAGUACAUAUAACACUCAAACCCUACCCGGAGUUGGAUACUGCACUUUAAAAGGGAGGCUGCAUCCCAAAUGGCUCCCUAUUCCCUUUUCUAGUGCACUACUUUUGACCAGGGCUGGGCUCUGGUAAAACGUAGUUGUAUGUAUGUAUGUAUGUAUGUAUGUAUGUAUGUAUGUAUGUAUGUAUGUAUGUAUGUAUGUAUGUAUGUAUGUAUGUAUGUAUGUAUAUACACACACAUAUAUUUGUGCGU